GUCGGUCAAAAUCGCAGCGUUUGGGAGUGAAAGAGACGUGUUUUCCGAGGAGAGCCAGCAGCCCCCCAGCCUGAUCCGGAGCUACCUGGGCAGAAGCGUUCUGGUUUCCCAGGUUGACAGCAGCUUGUCCUCCACGCACGGGCAAAACCCCGUUUUCACCGAGUACCAAGCCUGCGUGUUCGGAAAUGUCAGGCUGGUGGUGCACGACUGCCCUGUCUGGGACAUAUUUGACAGUGACUGGUACACCUCUCGCAGUCUUAUUGGAGGAGCUGAUAUUAUUGUGAUCAAAUACUCUGUCAAUGACAAGACUUUAUUUCAAGAGUUAAGGGACAGUUAUGUCCCAAUGAUAAAAAAAGCAUUAAACCACUGCUCAGUUCCAGUAAUAAUUUCUGCUGUCGGUGCAAGAAAAAACGGAGUGCCUUGCACCUGCCCGCUGUGCACCUCGGACAGGAGGAGCUGCGUCACCACCUCAGACGGAGUACAGCUGGCCAAGGAACUAGGAGCCACUUACCUCGAACUGCAUGCUCUGAAUGACUUCUAUGUCCAGAAGUACUUUGGAGGAGUGCUGGAGUAUUUUAUGAUCCAAAGUUUGAAUCAGAAGUCGUCUGAAAAAGUAAAGAAAAUGAAAAAGACGCAGAAGUGCCAUCGAGUUCAACCACCUCAGCUUGAACAGCCAGAAAAGAUGCCGAUCCUGAAGGGCGAAGCCUCUCAGUAUGACGCGGACCUGCACAGCCUCCUCUGCUGCUGCCCCUGCGCCGAUGUGGCCUUCUGCUCCGAGGACCUCAGCACGGCGGUGGAGGCUCACAAGGUCAUCCUCUGCUCUGUCAGCCACCUCUUCAUGCUGCUCUUCGAAGUGAAGAGCCCUGCCGAGAUACGAGAUGACUCCAUCCUGGGGAUGGCCCGGAGCCUCUUUGAGGUGGAGACGGGAGACACCGGAUCCCCUGUGAGAGUGGUGGUGAAGGACUCGAUUUUCUGCUCCUGCCUCCCAGACAUCCUUCACUUCAUCUAUUCAGGUGCUUUCCAGUGGGAGCGAUUAGAAGAGGAUAUAAAAAAAAAGCUGAAGGAUCCAGAAAAAACUGAACAAGUGCUUGAGAAGGUUAAAUGUAUCCUGAAAACUCCAGGGAAACUAAGCACAGUGAAGGACUGCAGAUCUCGCCGGAUGAAACGUCUGUAUAAUACUUCUCUGAGGCUGUUCUUUAACACGCCUGUCCUCGCUGAUGUCAUCUUCAAAAUACAAG